GAUAAUCAUUACAUGUUUGAAUAUUUUUCUACUAAUAAAUUAUUCAAAUUCAAUAGUUCAAGCAUCGACAACAACAGUUACAUGUGGUUCGGUAUUAAAAUUAAUGAAUGUAAAUUCAGGUAUACGUCUACAUUCACAUGAUAUAAAAUAUGGUUCAGGUAGUGGACAACAAUCAGUUACCGGUACUGAUAAACAAGAAGAUGUUAAUAGUUAUUGGCAAAUUGGACCAAAAACCGAUGAACAAUGUGAACGUGGACAACCAAUUAAAUGUGGUUCAAUAAUACGUAUUCAACAUUUACAAACGAAAAAAAAUCUACAUUCACAUCAUUUUCCAUCACCAUUAUCACAUAAUCAAGAAGUUAGUGCAUUUGGUCAAAAUGGUGAUGGUGAUACUGGUGAUAAUUGGCAAAUAUUAUGUGGUGGUUCAAAUUGGGAAAUGAAUUCAAAUGUACGUUUUAAACAUGUUGAUACGGAAAUGUUUCUAUCAUCAUCUGGUCAUGUUUAUGGCCGACCAAUACAAGGACAAAUGGAAAUUAUUGCAAGUAGUUAUUCCGAUUCAUCGGCUUAUUGGAUUGCAAAAGAAGGUAUUUUUGUUAAACCAAAUGAUAAUGAUAAUAAAUUUAUUGGUGGUGGUGGUGGUAGCCACGAUGAAUUAUGAAAAUUUAUAAAAAUU